ACCGACGACGCAGAAUGGAAUUCACUGAGACGGAACGAUCUGGCCACUACAGCGCAAACGCUGGCGUUCAUCAGAGCCAUUCAUCCUAUCAUAGUUAAGGCCUGGGUAGAGGUCGCCCCCAUCUGCUUUGGCCCUGGAAACGCGCCUGCGUGGAGCAUGAGUCAAUUGCAAU